AUGUGGACCUCUGGCUACCUCGAUCCGCGCCUCUCCUCUGUCCUCUCCAAAUACGGAGGGGACGUUUUUUCGAGAGAAUCAGACCCCCCUCAUGUGCAGCACUACUCCGGAAGCACAGGUGACGCUCUCUCUCCUCCCGAGCAACAAGAUGCUCGAAGAAUUCAGGAAUCAGAAACACAACCAUGGGAACCAGAGAGUCCUACCACAAAUGGAGAGGCGCCGUUUCGUAUUUUGAUUCUCUUUGGGUCUUCCGGAGGGACAUCGGCGGCAAUCGCCUUCUCACUCUUCCACUCUUUGCGUCUGCAACUUCGUAGGGAGGAAGACGCCUACAUGCCGAGUGCCGAUUUCCCAGUUCAGGAACCGCACAGCGGAGAAAAGACUUUCGUCAAGGAGAGCAAAGGUCCUCAACGUAACGGAGUCGACUUGGAAGGCGGCGCCGACUCUGAAAAGGGAGACUGGACAGGCAUAUCCUCUUCAGAACAUAUUCAAGAGGUUGCCGGUGAUUCUGCAAGCGCCUCUGAUUCUCUCGCGUCGCCCCAGGCCCGUGGUGCCCGUGUCAAUGGACAAAAGGGGAAAUGUCAGCGACGGGGAGAUCGAAGGGAGAGAGGACAAAGUGGAAACGAGAAAAAGGGGAGAGAGGCCUUAGACUCCAGCGACUUCUUCUCCGAUGGAGGUCGCGCUGCAGAGACAGCUCUCGGACGCGCCAGGAGAAGAGUGAAAGAGACACAAGAGCCUGUGGCCUCUGGCCUCUCCAGCCGAAAACUAUGGUUCCUUGACCGUGCCUACAGCGGCGGCGUUGAGGUUCUUAUUCAGUCGAUGGAGUUUUUCUCUUUCGACGAUCUCCUUGCGUUGAGUGAGGGCUCGGCUUUGCCGUUCGAAGCAUCGCAAGGGAUCUCCUCGAAUCAGAGAUCCACCGCUGCGUCUCACCUAAUACCCCCCCUUUCCUGCUCUCCUCCAGGAUACUCUUCUGCCUUUCUCUCCGCGUCCGUCAACUCCGCCUCUUCUUCGUCGCCGACGCGUCUGCUUAUUCUCUUUUGCCUCGCGACGGGUGCGCAAGGCUCGCCGCCGUCCACAGCUGCUGCGUUCUGUGCAGAAGCAGAGGAAGCGACGAAAGACUUUCGAGUUGGAAAAAAUACUUUGUCGAGAUGCUUCGUUGCAGGGAUUGGCUGUGGCAGCUCGGAGUAUCCUCGACCGACCUUCUGUCGCCCUGCGAAAACGUUGUUUAGAAACCUCACUGGGCACCUGGGGGCUCUUCCCCUUCUUUUCCUCCCUCUGACAUCGCAGGGAGCGUCUGCGCCUCUCUCGGCUCCGUCGACGCAUCGCGCCUCUUCUGCUGUUUCGACGUCGUCUUCGUCUUCACUUCUUCUGCUGUCGGAUACGCACACGGAGAGGUCGCUCGAGGCGAAGGUGAAGAACUGGGAAGGAGAGGUUUUGCGGCGUCUCGUAGCCUUCCUCAAGGCCUCUCGAAAAGAACAGAUACGUCUGCUGAGUCGGGCAACUGAGCAGAAGAGCGGCAAGCCGAAGGAACUCUCGGGCAAAGCUGGAAGAAAAGCCGGCGCAGCUGAGUGUCGUGCUGGAAGCCACGAGUUGCCAGGCGCGGAGACGAUAGACGAACGACAUCGAAUGCAUGCGAUCGGUGACGAGAGAGCCACCGGUGAAGGGAGUGACAUAGACACCAAGGGUGGGGACCGUGAGCUGCAGAGUACCGUCUUUUCUGAAGACUCCCAUUCGUCUUCAGACAGCGGGGGAGAGAGCAGCGAUCGCUCUUCGCUCUUCUCGUCAGAUGAUAAUGAGGACGGCGAGGCUCCGGGAUGGUCUCCCGGCCUCUCUGUUUUCGCCUCAGGAAAGGAGGCCUCACAGUCUCCUUGUGGAACCCCAGAGGGAAACGCCGAUCUGGAAGACAUGGUGGAAUGUGGGCGAGAAGCGCGGCCUCGUUCCGAGGGCGGGCCAGGAUCUCGGGGAAGCGCGGCGAGGGGGAAAAAAGGCAAGUCCGCGGAGAAGAAGGCGAUGGUGUCUGAGAAGCAAGCCGCACAGCUGAAGAAGGAAGGGUACAAGUUGAUUGGCUCUCACUCGGCUGUGAAGCUUUGUCGGUGGACAAAGUCGCAACUCCGGGGCCGAGGAGGCUGCUACAAACACACGUUUUACGGAAUCACUUCCUCACAGUGCAUGGAGUUGACACCGUCUCUAGCGUGUGCAAACAAAUGCGUCUUCUGCUGGAGACACCACAAAAACCCCGUCGGGACCUCCUGGAGAUGGCAACUAGACAACGCCGACUUCAUCGUCGAAGAAGGCCUAAAAAACCACUUCGCCGCUAUCAAGGAACUCAAAGGCAUGGCAGAAGUCAACGAGGAGCGUCUUGCCUCAGCAAGGGCAGAAGUUCGUCACUGCGCCUUGUCGUUGGUCGGCGAACCUAUCAUGUACCCGCGGAUCGCUGAGCUGGUGAAGCUUCUUCACCAUCAGCAUAUUUCCACAUUUCUCGUGACAAACGCACAGUUUCCUGAGGCUCUGCGAACCUUGCCGCCAGUCACGCAGCUGUACGUGUCUGUAGACGCCGCGAAUCCCAAAGAUCUCAAGACACUUGACCAACCGCUGUUUGCGGACUACUGGGAGCGCUUCCUUUUUUGCCUCGACCUUCUGAAAGAGAAACGGCAGCGGACGGUGUAUCGCUUGACUCUCGUCGGGGGGUACAACAUGGACGACCCUUCUGCAAAUGUUUCCAAAGAAUGUCACACUGGCGCAAAACCACAAGGCAGUUCAGCUGCUGCCUCCGCUGUUGGAGAAAACUCCAUAAAUGAGGUUGAACGCAUGUGCUGUCGACCGGCGACCUCUGGAAACAAAGACGACUAUGCCGAGACUGCCUGCGGGUGCUUGUCUCCUCGGACCGAAGGCGGCCAGGAAAAGUCGCCGGGAGAGGAGACACCUCAGAGUCGGGCUGCGAUCCGAGAGGAGACAACUGGUGAAAAAGCCGACAAAGAACGGGGCAAAACGAAGACAGAGGGACAGUCUCUCACAGAUCGCUCGGCAGCAGCAUAUGCGCGGUUGGUCUUGCGAGGAUCGCCCGAUCUCAUUGAAGUCAAGGCUGUGACUUACGCAGGAACGUCGAAGCACUCCAAAUUAACCAUGAAAAAUAUUCCGUGGCAUGACGAGGUUGUUGCCUUCUGUCAAACUCUCUGCGACGCCCUACCUACGGGGGACUAUGCGAUUGCAUGCGAGCAUCGCCACUCGUGUUGUGUUCUCAUCGCCAAAACUUCAUAUCGAAGGGACGGUGUAUGGCACACGUGGAUUGAUUACGACAAAUUUCACCAGCUGGCAACCAGUGGCAACACAACCUUCACCGGAUUUGACUACUGCGCGCCAACGCCUUCUUGGGCUGUCUAUGGAAGUGCCGAAGCGGGGUUCAGCCCGUUGGAGAAAAGGGUCUUCUCCAAGGGGAAACAGAAGCGCCUCCUCCGCGAUAAAGCCCGAACCGAACAGGGGGAAAAUGCAAAUGGGGCAGACUGA